UACGCCUGUGGCUUGGGCAGGGGAGAGCCUUUACUUGAGUUUACGAAAAAGCCUUGGCCCAGAAGCGGAAGCAUAUCUGCCGCUCUCUCUGUCUAAUCUUUCUUCCCAUUCCCAAAUUGCUGGUUCAGUUGAAUUGGAGUGCGUGGGGGCUUUCCCGUUCAUUUCUGGUCCAGUCAAUAUCUAAUUAAUCAAGUCAAAUCAGCCUCCACUGCAACAUUUUAGUUCCCAAAAUUUUCAUCUUCAGAUCUGCUUUCGUCCUCCACGAAUACAAUAAAAAUGAUUUCCAGCAGUAAACUCAAAUCCGUGGACUUUUACAGAAAAAUUCCGAGAGAUUUAACCGAGGCAUCACUGUCGGGUGCUGGGUUGUCCAUUGUAGCAGCCUUCUCCAUGAUCUUUUUGUUUGGAAUGGAACUGAAUGACUAUUUGACAGUGAGCACCUCUACUUCCAUUAUAGUAGACAAUAGUUCUGAUGGGGACUUCUUGCGGAUUGAUUUCAAUAUCAGUUUUCCAGCAUUGUCUUGUGAGUUCGCAUCUGUUGAUGUCAGUGAUGUCUUGGGAACGAAUAGGUUGAACAUAACAAAAACUGUCCGCAAGUAUUCAAUAGAUUCACACUUGAAUCCUACGGGCUCUGAGUUUCAGUCUGGGCCAAUCUUAGAUGCAAUUAAGCAUGAUGAGGAAAUUGAUGAAGAACACGGCGAAGGUGCUGUUUCACUAUAUGGCCGCAAUUUUGAUAGAAUUGCAAAUCAGCAUCCGAUUUUGGUUGUGAAUUUUUUCGCUCCUUGGUGCUAUUGGAGUAACCGCCUGAAACCUUCUUGGGAGAAAGCAGCCAAAAUUAUAAGAGACAGAUAUGACCCAGAGAUGGAUGGUCGCAUUCUUUUGGCAAAAGUUGAUUGCACCGAAGAAGUUGAUUUGUGUAGAAGGCAUCACAUACAAGGGUACCCAUCUAUUCGCAUCUUCCGUAAGGGGAGUGACCUUAGGGAUGAACAUGGGCAUCAUGAGCAUGAAUCAUAUUAUGGCGAUCGAGAUACUGAAAGUCUGGUCCAGACAAUGGAAACUUUGGUUGCACCUGUUUCACUGGAGUCUAAAAGACUUGCUUUAGAGGAUAAAUCUGACAAGACAAAAGAUCCAAAAAGACCUGCGCCCUCAGCGGGAGGAUGUAGAGUUGAAGGUUUUGUACGCGUUAAGAAGGUUCCUGGCAACCUCGUCAUUUCAGCUCGUUCACCUUCGCACUCCUUUGAUUUUUCUCAGAUGAACAUGUCACAUGUCAUUUCCCAUUUUUCGUUUGGGAAGAAGAUUAAUCCAAGGGAAAGAAGUGAUGUGAAGCGAUUACUACCAUAUCUUUUUAGAAGUUAUGACAGAUUGAGUGGCCUUUCAUAUAUCUCUAACCCAAGUGAUUCGAAUGAAAAUGUUACUAUUGAGCAUUAUCUACAGGUAGUGAAAACUGAAGUGAUGACAAGAUCUUAUAAAAUAGUUGAAGAGUAUGAGUACACAGCCCACAGUAGUUUGGCUCACAGCCUCGAUAUUCCAGUUGCAAAGUUUCACUUUGAGCUAUCACCCAUGCAGGUCGUAAUAACAGAAAACUCAAAGUCCUUCUCGCACUUCAUAACCAAUGUUUGUGCCAUCAUUGGUGGUGUUUUUACGGUUGCUGGAAUUUUGGAUGCAAUUCUCCACAACACGAUGAGACUGAUGAAGAAAGUUGAACUAGGAAAAAAUUUUUGAGGGGAAAACGUAAAAAUCCAUUCUAGUCACUGUAUAAAGAGCAUCAAAGCACGGCCACACGAUUUUACCCAGAUUACUUUAUCAAAUUGGGUUUAGCAGUGAGCUGCAGAAUUUUGCAGUGGAUUUUUAGUAUAGAAACCUUCUGAUGGAAUUCUAGUAUAUGUUGUAUUAGUCAGUUGUGACCUACGAUAUUUCUUCCCUAGUGUAUCCAUCAAAUGUUUUAACUCAUGCUAAGCUACUUCAGCUCAUAAGAAGUCAGAAGUUUUAAGCUUA